AUGCUUAUUUGGCACUUUUCAUUGGCUCCAUCGACACACUGGCCCCGUGGAGACAUGGAAUCCUGGGAGGAAAAAGAGGCUUUCAUUCAAUUCUUCAAUUCAUCCAUGCAAUCUAUCUAUUUAUAUCAAUAUAUAAAUAGUAUCUAUCUAUCUAUCUAUCUAUCUAUCUAUCUAUCUAUAGAUCUGUUCAUAUUUUAUGUAUCUAUCUCAGUCGGUUCAUAUCUAUUUAUCUAUCUAUCUCUGUUCAUAUAUAUCUACCUUUCACAAUUUGUUCAUAGCUAUCUAUCUAUCUAUCUAUCUAUCUAUCUAUCUCAGUCUGUUCAUAUAUAUCUUAAUAUGUUCAUAUCUAUCUAUCUAUCUAUCUAUCUAUCUAUCUAUCUAUCUAUCUAUCUAUCUAUCUAUCUAUUCAUAUCUAUGUAUCUAUCUCAGUCUAUUCAUAUCUAUAUAUCUAUCUAUGUUCAUAUCUAUCUACUUUUCUCAAUAUGUUCAUAUCUAUAUCUAUCUAUCUAUCUAUCUAUCUAUCUAUCUAUCUAUCUAUAUAUAUAUAUAUAUAUAUAUAUAUAUAUAUAUAUAUAUCUUUCAGAUAAUAUUUCUCUAACGCCUUUAUCUAUCUUAUUCUGUUCAUAUCUAUCUAUAUAUCUAUCUCAAUAUGUUCAUAUCUAUCUAUCAAUAUGUUCAUAUCUAUCCAUCUAUCUAUUUGACAUUCAGAUAAUAUUUCUGCGAACAUCUACCUUAUUUUGUUCAUAUCUAUCUAUCUAUCUAUCUAUCUAUCUAUCUAUCUAUCUAUCUAUCUAA